CCUAAAACGAAAACGUGUACUUAAACAAAUAACAAUUUUGAAAAUUAAAAUAAAAUAAAUAACAAAUAUUCAAACUCUUUAACUUCCAUAAAAAUCCAAGAAAUAUAAACAAAAUGCAUUUAUUGUGGAUUAUAACAUUGGCCUCUAUGGCCAUUUGGCAUUUGCAACUGAUUAAUUGUGAUGAUCUCUCCAUGCACUCUCAAACACAAACCACCAAUGGAGGCUUACCGAAUAUGGGUGUAGGCGUAGCCAGCCAAAGCUCUAUCACCAAUCCCUCUAAUCCUUCUCUACACAAUCAAAAUCCCUCGGCCACAAAUCUCAAUCAAUUAGCUGGUAAUAGUUCACUUUUAAAUACUCUUAUGCAAACAUCUGGCAAUGUGGGUAUGGUUGGUCUAAAUGGUAAUAUUGGUGCCAUGGGUGCUAUUGGUGGCCUGGGUGCAGUAGGCAGUGGUUCGACUGGUUUAAUGGGUCAUUCUGCUGCUGGUGGCGCUACUCAUGGUGUUGGUCAAAGUUCGGGUGUUCAUCAUCAUGGUCAUGCUUUGGCCGGUUUGGCUGGUUUGGGCAUUAUAGUGCCUGGUCAUCGAGGCAGCAGUUCAGCGGAUUCUGGCGGCCGUUAUAAUCCCCCUUAUUUGGGUUCUAGCAACAUGGAUAUGAUGGGUGGCGGAAAUGGUAUGCAGCAAGGAGGUGUUGGCGCCGGUGGAGGUUCUCAAUAUUACGAACAGGAAAAUUUCAUUUCCGAACAUACCGUUAUGGCCGUAUUCACCUCACAGGGUCAGGUGGGUGGACCCUGUCGUUAUAUGCCCGCAACACGACGACAAAAUCAUCAAUGCCGCAAAGAAUUCGGUUUACCGGACACCAUACGUGAGGCUAGACGUUUAGCAACGACACAUUGUGAGGAUCAGUUUCGUUAUGAUCGCUGGAAUUGUUCUAUAGAAAUUCGAGGAAAAAGAAAUAUUUUCAAAAAACUUUAUAAAGAAACAGCCUUUGUACAUGCUCUGACCGCUGCAGCAAUGACACAUUCCAUCGCCAGGGCCUGUGCUGAGGGUAGAAUGACGAAAUGUAGUUGUGGUCCGAGAAAACAAAAUCGUGCUGAUCAAACAUUUCAAUGGGGUGGCUGUAAUGAUAAUUUAAAACAUGGCAAACGAGUGACAAGAAGUUUUCUCGAUCUGCGUGGUGGAGAUAGUGAUGAAGUCACCGAAAUAUUGCGACAUGAUUCAGAGGUCGGCAUCGAAGCUGUAUCCACUUUAAUGAAGGAUAAAUGUAAAUGUCAUGGUGUUUCUGGUUCUUGUUCGAUGAAAACCUGUUGGAAGAAAUUAUCAGAUUUUAAUGCCACAGCCACGCUACUAAGACAGAAAUACAAUCAGGCCAUACGAAAGGCACCAAAUGCACGCACAAUGCGCAGAGAGGCUCCCUCAAGUCGAGUGAAAAAACCCAAACAACGACGGAAGAAACAACAACAAUCACAGUAUACAACGUUAUACUAUUUGGAAACCUCACCCACUUAUUGUUCCGUUACUAAGGAUCGUCAAUGUCUGAAUCCAGACAACUGUGCGAAUCUCUGCUGUGGGCGUGGCUAUACGACACGCGUUUUCAAGCAAGUGGAAAAAUGUCGCUGUCGCUUUAACAAUGGACGCUGUUGCCAAUUGAUCUGCGAUUAUUGUCAACGCUACGAAGAUAGAUAUUUUUGUAAAUAGAUUUCUUUUUGUGUUAGUUUUUCUAUUUUAAAUAUUUAAUUUAAUUUUAACUUAACUCAUCUACUUCUUUAUUUUAUUUUUGUAUUGUAUUUUAUUUCAUUCCUAUUUAUAAUAAAUGUAUGUGUGUGUAUGUUGAAGUAAUAAGUAGUAGCGUAGAGACAUGAUAAGGACAGACUCCCAAAGUUCUUUAUUAUUAUUAUAAUUUUUUUUAUUAAUUUUUAAUUUUACUCAAUUUUUUUUAUAAAUAUACAAAAUAUAUAAAUAUAUAUAUUGUCCGGCGACAUCACCACCAAGAUGGCAUAACUGUAUUAAAAAUCGAAAUAUUUUUUAUUUAAUUGUAUGAUAAAAUAAAGGAAACAGAAAAAAAACACUGAAAAGAAAAUGAGAAAAAAA